UAAAUUUCAUAUUGAUUAUUUUUAAUAUCUUACAAAAUCUACAACUAUUACUAUAUUGUAUCAUCAGUUCAAUUUCAAUGAAAUAGAAAUUAAUUAUCCUCUGCUAAUAUUCUUACUUGUUUAUUCUAAUUGUUAUUGGGUUUGACAAAACACUCAACGUUGGGCCUUAAUGGGCCAGACGAAAUUGGUAUAAAGAAAAGGAGAACAAGAUUAUGGAAAUGGCUUUGGCCCAUAUGCAUACAUCUAUAUGUAUGUUUCAUCGAUCAAGAAAGUGGAAGUGGUUGAGACAAGACAGCAAAAGAGGGUUCUAGAGAAAGAGAAAAAACGUUAGAGUUCUCAAGAAGCUUUCUUCCUUGUGUUCUUUUGUGUCUUUGAUCUUGUUCUUACUGAGUUUGUACCUGAAACCAAAAGAUAACAUCACUAGUUAGUGGUCUUUGUAACCUCCUUUUGAUAUAAGUGAAGCUUGGGAGAAGAGUCCUCCCCCGAGACGUACCGGUUAGAGGCCGGGAACUCGGUUAUCAAAUUCUUUUGUGUCAUAUUCAAGUUUUAGAUCCGUGAAUCAUUAAUCGAUGGAGGAGAUUGUUUUGGAACCAAAGGAUGCAGUUGAUUGGUCAUAUAGAGGCGAAGGAGCUGUUAAUUUGGUUCUCGCUUACACUGGAUCUUCUCCCACUUUCUUGGGAAAGAUGAUGAGGAUACAGAAAAUGCCAAAGGAUGGGAAUGAAAAUGGAGACAAAAGUGAAAACGGUCUUACUACUCAUGAAAAGCUUAUUUGGGCAGACAUUAAGGAUCUUGUAUCUUGCAAGAACAAGGAGAUUGAAGAGUAUUUGUUUGUCAAACAUGUCAUGAGACCUUUGUUGGGUCGUAAACAUGUCAAUCCUGGAAUACGUCUUCUUGUAGCAAAGGAAUUUCUUGAAUCUGUUGAGAAAAUUAUAACAUCUCAGCGUCCUUCUUGGCGAGCUGAUGCAGCUAGUGUGGAUACUAACCGCAGUUCCGUGCUUCUCAUGGAUGAUUUGACGCUUUUCGCCCACGGUCAUGUUGAGGAUAAACCAUGCUUAAGUGUUGAAAUAAAGCCCAAAUGUGGAUUUCUUCCAUCUUCAAGUUUCAUAGCAGAAGAAAAUGUUAUUAAGAAGAGUAUUACUCGUUUCCAAAUGCACCAAAUUCUCAAGCUUAAGGAAAACGAGAUCUCAGAAAUCAGUGAAUAUGAUCCUUUAGACCUUUUCUCUGGAUCCAAAGAUAGAAUACUCAAAGCAAUAAAAGCGCUCUACGCGACUCCUCAGAACAAUUUCCGUGUGUUCCUGAAUGGUUCUCUGGUAUUUGGAGGCUUAGGUGGUGGCAUAUGCAAAACAACCUCAAAGGUUGAACUAGCUUUUGAGCAUAUACUCAAAGAUAUCAUCAAGACCUAUGAUGGUUUACGUGCAGAUCGUUUCAUAGAGCUUGUAGCAGAAACUGUUUACACAUCUGGAGUUCUAGAUCAGCUUCUAGACGUCCAAAAGCUCGAUAAAUAUAACAUCGAGGGAGCGAUUCACGUAUACUAUGACUUCAUUGACCAGCCAUGUAAAGUGUGCAGAGAGUUGAAUCAAUAUAGCUCCAUGCAUUCAAUUCCACUGGAUGAAAAAGUGAAUAUUUUGAAGGAUUUUCUAAUAUCUGCCACUGCAAAGGAUUGUAGUGUAAUGAUAAGUUUUAGAUCAACAGAAGUUGGGCUCUCAAGAUCCUCUUCUCACAGUAAUCUUCAUCUUGAAUCAACAAAGCAAGAAUUUGAGUACAAGGUACAUUUCAUUGAUCUUGAUAUGAGACCUUUGAAGAAAAUGGAAGUCUAUUACGAAUUAGACAAGAAGAUCAUGAACACAUACCUGGAGAUGCUGAAGAAGAAAGGAGAUCAACCUCGAUGUUUCUAGAACUACAAACAUGAGAAGCAGAUUUCAUAUCUCAUUCCAAAAAUUCCUGAAUUGGUAGUUAGUAUUUUAUGUUUCACUUCACCUAACAGAUUCCUACUGUUUUCACUUGUAUCAAUUCAUCAGACUCCCUUUACUUGCUCUGGUUUUCAACAGAAUAAAACUACAUGACAUGCAAAAUA